CGACCGGGAGAAUCAUUGGAGACUUGUGUAUUUUCGCAAUAAUGGACAAGACUUCAGCAUAGAGAGCUCUCUUGCGCAUCCUUUCAGCACGAGCUUAAGGUUUUCCUUUUCAGAUGCAGACAGAAAAUCACUGCCUGCACCUUUAGAAAAGAUUUCUGAAGGAUUUUAAUAAUUGUCUAAGGAUCUUGUCACUGUUGUGAAUACUUUUGAGCAUUAGAUAUUGCGGUUAUCUAAUAGAAAAAGAUAAAAACAUUGAAUUGUAACCUUUGUUGCAUUACUUUUUAAGUGCGCGCACACGGAGAAAGCGAGCGGAGCGCACAAUUGGGGAUUGGGAAGCAGUUUUGCAGGACUUGUUUUGUUUUUAUCUGGUUGCUGGUCAUCGAAUUACAAUGUUGAAAUCUUGAGGCAUGAUGUCCAAGUCAGUGAGAUGCCCAUAAACCUGCUUGCGCUGUAACUGCCACCUGGAAACUCAGCCUGCGAGCUCCAACUGAUCCUAUUCAAUACCAUCAUUUGGACUGCUUUUGCAACAGAAAUGAUCAUGCGAUGAGUAAGCUCGAUUUGGGCAUAUUUUCAGAAGCAAUUACAGGGGGUGAAUGAUGGCUGAAGAUGGAGGAAAUAUCUCCGAGGACCAUCAGUUGAGGGAAGCAGAGGGUAGCUCCUCUCUUCCAAGGACUUUUAUACGACUUAACGACCUGUCCGGUGGCGGGGAGCGCAGUGAGCUUGAGGCUGAUGGAGGCGAAAGGCGGGAGAGCGCAGCCGGAGCAGCGGUGGAGGAGGCGUCCGCUAGCGGCGGGGAAGCCUUGCCCUAUCCGUCUUUGGCACCGGUUGUGUUUUUCUACCUGAAGCAGACCACGCGUCCAAGGAGUUGGUGUCUGAAAAUGGUUUGCAAUCCAUGGUUCGAGAGGGCCAGCAUGGUUGUAAUCCUGCUGAACUGCGUUACUCUGGGGAUGUUUCAACCUUGUGAGGACAGCCACUGUGACUCGGAUCGAUGCGAGAUACUGCAGGACUUUGAUGAUUUCAUCUUUGCUUUUUUUGCCGUGGAGAUGGUAAUCAAGAUGGUUGCACUGGGCAUCUUUGGGAAAAAGUGUUACCUUGGAGACACCUGGAAUCGGCUAGACUUCUUCAUUGUGUUGGCUGGGAUGCUGGAAUACUCUCUCAACCUGCAGAAUGUUAGUUUCUCUGCGGUCCGAACGGUCAGAGUACUUCGACCUCUUCGAGCUAUUAACCGAGUCCCCAGUAUGAGAAUCCUGGUGACGCUUCUGCUGGACACUCUCCCCAUGCUGGGCAAUGUGCUGCUGCUUUGCUUCUUCGUUUUCUUCAUCUUUGGGAUUGUAGGAGUCCAGUUGUGGGCCGGGCUUCUCCGCAACCGCUGCUUCCUCCCUGAAAACUUCUCCCUGCCUACCAGUCUAGACUUGCACAAGUACUACCACACAGAAAACGAUGAUGAAAACCCGUUUAUCUGUUCUCAACCUCGGGAGAAUGGCAUGCGCCUGUGCACCUCCAUCCCCACGCUCCAUGAGGAGGGCCGACAGUGCCAGCUGGACAUGGCAGCUUACAAUAGCACAGACAACACCACCUGCGUCAACUGGAACAAGUAUUACACCAACUGCUCUGCCGGAGAGGCCAAUCCCUUCAAGGGGGCCAUAAACUUUGACAACAUUGGUUAUGCCUGGAUUGCCAUCUUUCAGGUUAUUACUCUGGAGGGCUGGGUGGACAUCAUGUACUUUGUUAUGGAUGCUCACUCCUUCUACAAUUUCAUCUACUUCAUUCUCCUGAUAAUAGUGGGCUCGUUCUUCAUGAUCAACCUUUGUCUAGUUGUCAUAGCGACACAGUUCUCUGAGACCAAGCAACGGGAGAGUCAGCUUAUGAAGGAGCAGAGAGUGCGCUUCAGGUCCAACGCCAGCACACUGAAUAGCUUCUCUGAGCCAGGAAGCUGCUAUGAUGAGCUGCUCAAGUACCUAGUCCACAUUAUCCGCAAAGGCAUCAGGCAAAUCGGCCACCUCAUCCGGGCCACCGGUCGCCGGGCAGGGCUACGGAUAUGCGCUUCUCCACCGCUGGAACCGCCGCCUACGAAAAGACGUCGGCAGAAGCAGCGCCAGGGAUCCAUCCGACCCGUCAUGCACCAUCAUCACCAUCACCUCCACCAUCACUACCAUCUGGGCAAUGGAAGUGUCCGAACUGAAGGGGGCAGAGAGGUGGACAACGGUUCCCAGAGUGGCAAUGUCAACAACUCUGGCUGUGCUCUCAUGCUACCUGUCAUUAUCCCUCAGCAGGACCCCUUCUGUGGGUCUCUGGGCCCCAGCGGUGCAGAAUCUAUGCAUAGUGUUUAUCAGGUUGCGAGCCACCUCGAGCCGCUGCGCUGCGGCCCCUCACCUUCUCCCACGGUGCUCCAUGCAUAUAAGAGAAACUCAGUGCCAUUUGCAGCUCCAGUACAUAAGAACUACCCCACGUUACAGUCAUCUCUGGCCUUAGAGCAGCGCAGACAGAGAAUCCUGGAGCCAGGAGGAGGCAGUUGUACUGCUGGUGUCCUUACCAACCUAAACAUACCCCCAACUUCCAUCAACACCUCACAGAGCCUGGUGGAGACACAAGGUCCUCCUGGCAAGAUCAUCUGCAAGGAUGCCCUCAUGAACAGCAGUGGCACAAACUUAGACACCGCUUUGACCUUUGACCCUGAGACGUGUCCGUAUUGUGCCAAAUCGAUGGGAAACGACUCCGAGGGAAUGGAUGGGAAUGAGACGGCAGACUCUGACAGUGAGGGCGUGUAUGAGUUCACACAGGAUGCCCAUUAUCGGGACAGCAGAGAUCCCAACAGAAAAAAGAAGUUUGCAUUAGGAGCUCGAGCAGCAAAGGUGGUCCGUUUCUGGAGGCUGGUGUGUGACACUUUCCGUAAGAUUGUGGACAGCAAGUAUUUCGGACGAGGAAUAAUGAUCGCCAUUCUCAUUAACACACUCAGCAUGGGCAUCGAGUAUCAUGAGCAGCCUGAUGAGCUGACAAACGCUCUGGAAAUCAGCAAUAUCGUCUUCACAAGUUUGUUUGCGCUGGAGAUGCUCCUAAAACUGCUGGUCUAUGGUCCAUUCGGCUACAUCAAGAACCCUUACAAUAUCUUUGACGGCAUUAUUGUAGUAAUCAGCGUCUGGGAGAUUGUUGGUCAGCAGGGAGGAGGUUUAUCUGUGCUGCGGACCUUCAGACUCAUGCGGGUGUUGAAGCUGGUUCGCUUCAUGCCAGCUCUACAGAGGCAGCUGGUGGUCCUGAUGAAGACCAUGGACAAUGUGGCCACCUUCUGCAUGCUGCUUAUGCUUUUCAUAUUCAUUUUCAGUAUUCUAGGCAUGCACCUGUUUGGAUGUAAAUUCGGGUCUGAGAGAGAUGGAGACACACUUCCUGACCGCAAGAACUUUGACACUUUACUGUGGGCCAUUGUUACAGUUUUUCAGAUAUUGACUCAGGAGGACUGGAAUAAGGUACUGUAUAAUGGGAUGGCCUCCACCUCUCCAGUGGCUGCUCUGUACUUCAUCGCCCUCAUGACUUUUGGAAACUAUGUCCUGUUCAACCUGUUGGUGGCUAUCUUAGUGGAGGGAUUCCAAACAGAGGAAAUAACCAAGAGGGACGAUUUGCAUGGCCAGCUGAGCUGUAUUCAGCUGCCUAUAGACUCAGGGGGUGAUGCCUCAAAGUCUGACUCUGAAGCAGAUUUCUAUGCACGGAGCUUGGAGGAUGUUUCAGGACAUAAGAAGGAUCUUUCAGCAUCAUCCGUUGUUCCCAUCAAUGGCCAUGUGGAUUUGAAGACCAGCCUGACCCCUCCUCUCAUCACUCAUACAGCUGCAACACCCAUGCCCAUCCCUAAGAUAUCAGGAGGAGGAGACCCUGCACUGGGCUACGAGUCCCGCAGAGGCAGCAAUGUUUCCAUGGAUCCCAAUGGCCAAGAUAAAUCUCCGUCCAGUGCACGGAGCUCCCCUAAUGCCCCCUGGAGUUCAGCCAGUAGCUGGAACAGCAGGCGCUCCAGUUGGAAUAGCCUGGGCCGAGCCCCCAGCCUCAAGAGGCAAAAACGUCAGUCUGGCGAACGGCGCUCCUUGCUGUCCGGUGACGGCCAGUCCAGCUCAGAUGAGGGAGAAGCGGUAGAGAGCGGAGGCGGUGGGGGCAUGUCCGAGGGUGAUGAUGCCUCCCUCGCCAGGACGGACUCCCUGGGCCAGAGGCCUCGGCACAGGCGCAUGGAAUCCCUGGAGACGCGUAGCUCGUUUGAUCUGCCUCCAGACACCCUGCAGGUGCCAUACGUGCAUCGCUCCGCCAGCAUACACAGCGCCCGGCCGCUCAACUUCCUCAGCAACGGCAAGAGUUCUCCAUCUGCAGCCACCACACAGCUUUCUCUAGAUGAUCACCACAGUGAGGAUGACAAUGCGGAUGAUGAAGGAAACCUGAGUCGCAAGGCUCGUCUCGUCCGUUGGCUGGAGCACAAGCAGCCUGAAUGGUGUCGGCAGAGGGCUACCUGGUCCCUUUACCUGUUCCCCCCACAGUCACGGUUUCGUAUGACAUGCAGUAAAAUCAUCACUCACAAGAUGUUUGACCAUGUGGUUCUUGUCAUCAUCUUUCUCAACUGCAUCACUAUCGCCAUGGAGAGGCCCAGAAUCGACCCCUCCAGCGCUGAACGCAUCUUCCUGACGUUGUCCAACUACAUAUUUACUGCCAUCUUUGUGACCGAAAUGACUAUAAAGGUGGUUGCUUUGGGCUGGUGUUUCGGGGAGAAGACCUACCUGAAGAGCAGCUGGAACAUUCUGGAUGGCAUGCUGGUGAUGAUCUCUGUGAUUGACAUCCUGGUAUCCCUGAUCUCCAACAGCGGCACUAAGAUCCUGGGCAUGCUGCGGGUGCUACGGUUACUGAGAACCCUGCGGCCGCUCAGAGUGAUCAGCAGAGCUCCAGGACUGAAGCUGGUUGUUGAGACACUGAUGUCAUCACUCAAGCCUAUCGGGAAUAUUGUGGUCAUCUGCUGUGCCUUCUUCAUUAUUUUUGGCAUCUUGGGAGUUCAGCUCUUCAAAGGAAAGUUCUUUGUGUGUCAGGGGGAGGAUACAAGAAAUAUCACCAACAAGUCAGAUUGCAUCAAUGCUAACUACAAAUGGAUCAGACACAAGUACAACUUUGAUAACCUCGGGCAGGCCCUCAUGUCCCUUUUUGUUCUGGCUUCCAAAGACGGUUGGGUGGAUAUAAUGUACGAUGGACUGGAUGCUGUCGGUGUCGAUCAGCAGCCCGUCAUGAAUUACAACCCAUGGAUGUUGCUCUAUUUCAUCUCCUUCUUGCUGAUUGUGGCUUUCUUCGUGCUCAACAUGUUUGUCGGCGUGGUGGUUGAGAACUUUCACAAGUGCCGGCGGCACCAGGAGGCGGAAGAAGCCAAACGGCGCGAGGAGAAGCGCCUUAAACGCAUGGAGAAAAAAAGAAGGAAUGUAAUGCUGACCGGUGUCAAUUGGUCCAGUCCUGAUCACACACAAGAUGUAAUGCUGACAGGUGUCAAUUGGUCCAGUCCUGAUCACACACAAGAAGCCCAGAGUAAACCCUAUUACUCCGAUUACUCACCUACACGGCUUCUCAUCCACAAGAUGUGCACCAGCCACUAUCUGGACCUGUUCAUCACGAUUGUCAUCGGCCUUAAUGUCAUCACCAUGUCCAUGGAGCACUACCAGCAGCCUAAGGUCCUGGAUGAGGCUCUGAAGAUCUGCAACUACAUUUUCACAAUCAUAUUUGUGCUGGAGUCUGUCUUCAAACUCGUUGCCUUUGGAUUCCGCCGCUUCUUCAAGGACAGAUGGAACCAAUUGGAUCUUGCCAUUGUUCUGUUGUCUAUAAUGGGUAUAACACUGGAGGAAAUCGAGGUCAACGCUUCCCUUCCCAUCAACCCCACCAUCAUUCGCAUCAUGAGAGUGCUGCGGAUUGCUCGUGUGCUGAAGCUAUUAAAGAUGGCUGUGGGAAUGCGAGCUCUGCUUGACACUGUGAUCCAGGCCCUGCCUCAGGUGGGGAAUCUGGGUCUUCUCUUCAUGUUGCUUUUCUUCAUCUUCGCUGCUCUGGGAGUGGAGCUGUUUGGUGACCUGAUAUGUGAUGAGCUGCACCCCUGUGAAGGUCUCGGCCGUUAUGCCACAUUCAAGAAUUUUGGCAUGGCUUUCCUCCUGCUGUUCCGUGUAUCCACUGGGGACAACUGGAAUGGCAUUAUGAAGGACACGCUCAGAGACUGCGGCCAGGACACCGGCAUCUGCUACAACACAGUGGUGUCCCCCAUUUAUUUUGUGUCCUUUGUCCUGACGGCGCAGUUUGUGCUGGUCAAUGUGGUGAUUGCUGUGCUCAUGAAGCACCUAGAGGAAAGCAACAAAGAGGCCAAGGAGGAGGCUGAGAUGGAAGCCGAGCUGGAGCUGGAGGCUGCGGGUGGAGGUGGAGGAAUAUCCCGAGGGCACAUGCCACCUUUGGGACCUGGCGACAUGGGUGGGCCAGGGGGGUCACCUUGGAUCUCAAGAGACUCUCGAGACCUGUCUAGACCACUUUACCCCACAGACAGCCCACCUACAGAGAUACGAAGAGACUCUGAAGAUCACAUAAAGACAGAACCUGAUCCUCCUCAUAAUUUGGAGCCGCCUUUAGAGCGGAGGCCUAUGCUUGACUCAGUUUCCCUGGUGAUCCAGGGCUCACUGGAAGGAGAGCUCAGCCUCAUGGACAACCUAUCUGGCUCCAUCUGCCACUACUACGCUCUGCCCCCCCUUCCCAGCAAGCACUGCACUGAGAAACAGAUUCCUCUAGCCGAGAUGGAGGCUCUAUCUCUGGCGUCGGAGAAAUCCUGGUCCUUAGCUCUGACGGAUGACUCUGUCCCAGAUGAUUUUAACCCCCUCUUACUAACCAGUCAGGAGUGCAAUACCACAGCUCCUCCAGAUCCUCUAGACCCCCUGCAGCCAGACGAGCCAACGGAUGAGCACUUGCUGUACGUGAAGAAGACCUCAGUGGGCCGCACUCAUUCUCUGCCCAAUGACAGCUAUAUGUUCCAGCCGCUGCAGCCCAACUCGACCGACAGUACCCACACAACCUCACCUCACUUAGCUCAGACAGGGUCUACAGGCUCUGUCCAGUCUCAAACAGAAGAACUCACGCAGCACUUGACUGUGCCCUCCGAUCUGUUCAGACCGAUCAGUCCUCAUAGCCUAUCAGACUCAGAGAGCAUCCCACGAAUUCCCCCGCCUCGCCGGGCGCACACUCUCUCACGCACCCUACGCAGACAGGUGGCAGUGAGUGCUGACUCUCAGGAGACUCUAUACACAGAGGGAGGGGAAAACGAGGGUCCCCUGGGACUUAGGGAACUGUCGGACCCCCCUGUCAACCUUUCACCUCAGCAGCAGCACCAGCCUUCGCUCUUUCUGGUCCCUGCCACUCCAGGCGCCUCCCCGAAACCUUCACGACCUAGCGUCCACACGCAGCACAAUCCCUACGACCAGUACAACGUGUUCUCGAGGCGUUCCCGCUCUCCUCCCCUACUACCGCCGCCACCGCCGGCUGCCAGGAAGCUGGAGGAAACAGACUCUGUGGAUCAGGAGGUAUCCCGAAUUAUCCGUGCUGGACUCGCAGGGAGGAGCGAUGAUGGAAUCAAAGGAGGGACGGGAGAUCAAGGUGCAAGACGUCAGCUUAAAAAGUACCACAGCGUGGACACUCAGGGCCAGCGAGCUCUGCUGUUACCGCGGCCCUUGUCCUGGCUCGACGAUCCACGCCGGCACUCCAUCGAGGUGUGCUCGUCCGUGGAAAGCAGUCCCCAGCGUAGUUCGAUCUCCUCCGGCUUCGUCUCGCGAGCUGACAGCCUCCAGCAGCAGUCCUCGCCACGCGCCCGCAAGAAGAAGAUGAGUCCACCGUGCAUCUCCGAGGAUCCGCCCGAGGGUCCAGAGCUUCCGGUAGGCUUUCACCCUGCUCUGGGGAUGGUGCCACCCCCCUUGCCAAGCCGGGACACUUGCCUGAGGAGGCGCGCUCCCUCCAGUGACUCCAAAGACUCAUUUGAUUUGGGUGGAGGAGGAGAUGGGCUGCCUCAAGAGGCCAUCCCGAACUCCAAGCUAUUGACUCUGCCUAGUUUCUCUUUUGAGAAAACAAGCUCUGAGCACUGAACACUGACUCGCACGAUCACGCACACACAUGCGCACACGACACACGAUGCACUCCGUGUAUCCGUGAUGGUGAUAGUAAUAGUAAUAAUAUCUUAGAGAGUAAUAAUGCUAAAUACAACAAUGGUGAAUUCUACAAGAUCAAAAGGAAUAGUAACUAUACCUUGUUUUUUUUUCUCUACUGCCAAAAGAACACAAAAGGACAUUGCGCUGAGGAUUAAACAAGCUAAUAACGGGACUCUCUCCUCAAACAUGCAAGCGGAUCCGUUGGCAACCUCAUGACCUCCUCGUGGAGGUCAGUGCAGAACCCGGGGGAGGACGUCCCCUUCUGGCCGUUGUGAAGUCUUCACAGCACUGUAUUGUUGAACUCCCUAAAGGGCACUGAUGAAGGUACAAAGCAAUAUGAACGUUUUAGAGACACUAUUUUCUUAAAUUAUUGGGCCAUAGUGUUUGUAAAGGAUGUAGAAUUUCUUUUUUCAAUUUCGUUAUAGUUUUAUUUGUCUUUUUGUGAUUUUUCUCUUUUUCUCAAUGUUUAAAUUGUUUGUUGUUUGCUUUAUUUUUUCACCAUAGGAUAUUUUUAGCUCUCUUGUUUUAACAAAGACAAAAAGAAAGAAAACAUUUUUUCAAAGUGCCGGGAUCCAUGUAUUUGUAGAAAUAAUGAUAAUAUUAUUAUUAUUAUUAUUAUUAUUAAUAAUGAUGAUGAUAUAAUAUAUCUCUUUAAAAAUAAAGCAUUAAACAGCUCUUUGAUUUUUAAACACAAGUAUUAGACUGGUGUGCCCUGACUAAAAAAAGUCUAUGGACACUGUCUGCAGAACAGAUUGUUUGCUACUUUACUGACAGCCUUUCAGACAGAAGAGAACAAAUACUUGCAUUAACUGCAGAAAACACAAGCCUCUGAAAACCAGAUAAGUGUUUUUGAGCAUUUCAUCUGAAAUAUUUUUUGGCACAUUUUUGGAAACCAGGUUGUCUUUAGUUAAAUAAAUGCUAUAUUAUCAGUACAGCUCAUACAAUAUUUGUGUGAAAAUGUAACAUGAAAAAAAAAAAAAUGUGAGAAAAGAAAAACAUUUGAUCUUGAUAUUCUAAAAGCUGUAAGGUAGUGGUUUUCAACCUUUUUGACUCCAAGACUCGCCCAUUGUCAAAAAACAAUACUUGAUAUAUGAGUGUAUAUUUUGUAGUGUUAAUAGAUUAAAAUAAAUUAUUGAUUUAUUUUGUGAUUAUAGAGGUCUCAAGAACUGUAUGUUCUUUAAUAAAAACAACAGUUGUUGAGAGGACAAAUAAAAAAAAUGUCCAUUUUGUUGGACAGAUUUGUCCUUUUUUUUACUCUGCACAGUAGGACCAUGAAGAAUAAAAUGCAGGAUCAAAUUUCUACAUUGAGGUCAAGAGUGGACAGAAGGUAAUCCAUGAGAAAAUAGGGAGUUUUGUUAAAACAAUGUUUUGUUAAUUUAUUAAUAAUCAGUAAGAAACACAACUUACAUUUCUCUACUCUUAAUGACUUGGAAGAAGUGUGAAAUAUUAUCUUAGUCAUUGUUUACUUUGAAAAUGAUAUUAAGAUUAUUUUAAAAAGCUUUGAAAUACAUUUAGUUCAUCCUCCAGCCCCCUUGGAAGUUUGCCAAAGCCCCCAGCUUCUUUGAGAACCACUACCUAAGUGACUAUAAGCAGUUAUUUGCAUAUUGUGCCACCUUUAUUCUUUACGCUGCGCACGUGUGCUAGUUAAGGUGUAUUUAGUUCUUCCAUUUAAGCCUCUCUCAGAAUCAAAAUGCAUGUUGAUUGAAGCUGUUGACAAGUGCACUGUGGGAGACUCACUAAGGCGAUUCCCUUUGGUUUUCAUGAAAGCUAAUCAACACAUCUGCAGGCCUCCUUUCAAACUCAGGAAAGCUUGCGCUUCACAAAGUCCAGUUCAGUAAUAUACCUCUAUUUUGCUUCAAAGCCCUGGAUUCAGUCCAAAUCUGUGGCUCCAGUUUGUAUAUGGCUUCAGUGUGUGUUCGAACCUGUUUUUUUGUCAUUGGAUCAAUUUCAGAAUGAUUUCAUUUUAGCAUCUAUAAGCUUUCUCUUAUCUCACUUGAAUUAUGCAUGUACCAAAUGCUAUUUUUGUGAGCGGGAUGCAUCAGGAUGAGGUUUAUAAUGAUUGUAGAAUGUGCAGAGCAACUAAUGAUGUUCUGUACAGCUCUCCAUUGCAGCAGACAUUUGGUUACCGUAUAAACUCUUUAUUGGUGGUGUGUAA